AUGCCCAGAAGUGAGAACCAAGAGGCCAACGAGCUGGCCCAAGUCGCUUCGGGGUAUAAGAUGUCUAAGUCGAAGUUACAAGAUAUGAUCGAGGUUCGAGAAAAUAUGGUGUCAAGCAUGCCCCCAACAGAAGACGUCCUUGACAAGAACGUUAGUCGUAGUGGGGAGACCAAUGAAGAGUGUCAAGAAACCUGUGGAGUCGAAGAGGCAUGGGAACAUGAAGUUUUUUCUAUCAAUAGUUCAUUACCGACAGAUUGGAGAAAGCCAAUCAUCGACUACUUGGAGAAUCCAGUCGGAAGUACUGUCAGAAAAACCAAAUAUAGGGCUUUGAGCUAUGUGUGGCCAGGCAACGAAUUUCUAAAGAAGACACCAGAAGGGUUACUACUCAAAUGCCUGGGAGAUACCGAAGCGUAUUUAGCCAUUUACAAAGUACACAGUGGGGCCUGUGGCGCCCACCAGGCAGGCCAUAAGAUGAAAUGGUUGAUGUUCCGACAAGGGGUUUACUGGCCCAACAUGUUGAAAGAUUGCAUCGAGUUUGCUAAAGGAUGUCAGGAAUGUCAAUGGAACACGGUAUCCAACAUAUGCCGGCAAGUGAGUUGCAUGCUAUUAUCAAACCAUGGCCUUUUAGGAGAGGGGCUUUUGAUAUCAUUGGAGAAAUUCGACCGGCUUCGUAGAAGCAACAAAAGUUUAUCCUAA